UAGCCUACAUAUUUUUAAACCUUUGUAGCUUUACAAAAAUGAGAGACAAAUUCUUCUUUCCGUAAAAAUGUCGAAGCUCAAAAUCCUGAACUUCCAGUACAACCUAAUGAAGAAACUCCCUCUAAAGCCCGUAAAGUGGCUAUCCAUCAAAGACAGGCAAGUCUCCGACUCACAGCUCAAUUUUCUACCUGAUGUUGACGAAAUGAGACGAGUCUUUCAAAAGAUUGACACAAACGGUGACAACAAGAUCUCCUCUGAAGAACUCAUAAACCACCUAGAGGUUUUUGGAAAAGAGGAUGCAUCUACAGAGGCAAAUUUGAUCUUCAGUGUUGCCGAUAAAGACAAUGAUGGAUAUAUAAGCUUUAGAGAAUUCAUGGACAUGCACAAGAGAGGGGUGAGCGCUAGCGAUAUCAGAAGCGCAUUCUGGGUUUUUGAUCAGAAUCAAGAUGGAAGGAUUGAUGCGGAGGAGGUGAUGGAGGUGCUGAGCAAGAUUGGGGAGAGGUGUACUAUUGAAGAGUGUAGGAAGAUGGUGAGGCAAGUUGAUAAGAAUGGGGAUGGGUUGGUUGAUAUGGAUGAGUUUAUGGCUAUGAUGACUUGCAACAUGAAGCUUAUCUGAUUGAGUGCAUUGUAAUUAAAGAGUUAUAAUAAAUGUUUAUGUUUACUU